AUGUCUCAAGUGAACCAAAUUGAGUACAGAGCAGUCAUAAAAUUCUUAACCAAAGAAGGGCUUUCACCUAAAAUUAUUAAAGACAGACUCGACGGCGUAUACGGCCAAAGUUCUCCGUCCUAUUCUGUGGUGAAAGAAAUGGCAAAACGUUUUCGUAUGGGACAGGAAUCCCUAGAAGAUGACGCAAGACCUGGUCGGCCAGUAGAGGUGAUAACCGAAGACAAAGUUGCCCUUGUGGAAAAACUGGUAUUAAGUGACCGACGUUUGAAGGUCAAAGAAAUAUCAGAAAUGACCAAAGUUUCUGAUACAAGUGUUCGCCGAAUCCUGCAUGACCAUUUGGGAAUGCAUAAACGCUUCAAAAACAACGUCGUGUGGAGUGUGCUCGAUCAUUUUUGGAACUGUGUGGUGCCCAAACCCUAUAUUGGAAACGAUUGA